UCACCUCCGGGAGCCCGCCUCCUCGAUCCCCUCUCCUUCCCUCUGCAGCAGCCGUGGCCAGCCCUCCCUUCCCGCUCCACCCUCUCCAUCCCACGUUUUCCAGCCGGGCCCUUCGAGUGGGGGCCUCCGGGGCUGGCUGGACUGGCGCGCCUGUGGUCCGGUGUUGGUGGCGGUGACCUGUUGCCACCCUGCCGCCGCACACCCUCGAGCCAUGUCCUGGGCCGCUCUGCUCGGUCUCCUGCUCGCGCUACUGCUGCUGCUGCUGCUGCUGAGCCGCCGGCGCGCUCGGCGACCCGGCGAGCCUCCCCUGGACCUGGGCAGCAUCCCCUGGCUGGGCCAUGCCUUGGAGUUUGGGAGAGAUGCUGCCAGCUUCCUUACCAGGAUGAAGGAGAAGCAUGGCGACAUAUUUACCGUGCUGGUGGGAGGCAGGUACGUCACUGUCCUCCUGGACCCACACUCCUAUGACACGGUGGUCUGGGAGCAGCGCACACGGCUGGACUUCCACCCCUAUGCCAUCUUCCUCAUGGAGAGGAUUUUUGAUCUGCAGCUUCCAAAUUUCAACCCCAGCGAGGAGAAGGCCAGGAUGAAGCCCAUGCUGAUGCACAGAGACCUGCAGGCGCUCACGGAAGCCAUGUACACCAACCUCGGCACAGUCCUGCUGGGUGACUCCACAGAGGCAGCCAGUGGCUGGCACGAGACAGGCCUCCUCGACUUCGCCUACAGCUCCCUGCUCAGAGCUGGCUACCUGACCCUGUAUGGAGUGGAGGCCUCACCACGCACCAAUGAAAGCCAAGCCCAGGACCGUGUCCAUUCAGCUGAUGUCUUCCACACCUUCCGCCAGCUGGAUCUGCUGCUCCCCAAACUGGCUCGAGGAUCCUUGUCAGUGGGGGAUAAAGACUACGCAUGCAGUGUCAAAGGCCGCCUGUGGAAGCUGCUGUCCCCAGCCCAACUGGCCACCAGGGCUGACCGGAGCAGCUGGCUGGAGGGUUACAUGAGGCACCUGGAGAAGAUGGGGGUGUCGGAGGAGAUGCAGGCGCGGGCACUGGUGCUGCAGCUCUGGGCCACACAGGGGAAUAUGGGUCCCACGGCCUUCUGGCUCCUCCUCUUCCUCCUCAAGAAUCCCGAAGCCCUGGAGGCUGUCCACGAAGAACUGAAGCGUGUCGUCUGGCAAGCAGAGCAGCCUGUGUCACAGAUGCCCACCCUCCCACAGAAGGUUCUGGACAGCAUGCCUGUGCUAGACAGUGUGCUAAAUGAGACCCUCCGGCUCACGGCUGCCCCAUUCAUCACUCGUGAGGUCAUGGCAGACCUGGCUUUGCCUAUGGCAGAUGGGAGGGAAUUCUCUCUUCGACGUGGUGACCGCCUCCUCCUCUUUCCUUUCCUGAGUCCCCAAAAGGACCCAGAAAUCUACACAGAGCCUGAGGUGUUUAAAUACAACCGAUUCUUGAACCCAGAUGGGUCAGAGAAGAAGGAUUUUUACAAAGAUGGGAAACGGCUGAAGAAUUACAACAUGCCAUGGGGAGCAGGGUACAACCAGUGCCUGGGGAAGAGCUAUGCCAUCAACAGUAUCAAACAGUUUGUGGUCCUCCUACUGACUCACUUCGACCUGCGGCUGGGCAACGAGGACACAGAGGUCCCUGAGUUUGACCUCAGCAGAUACGGCUUUGGUCUGAUGCAGCCUGAGGAGGACGUGCCCAUCCGGUACCGUGUCAGGCUGUGACCUGUGGAGCAUACAAGACACUCACCUGGGGUCUCCUGACUUCCCGUGCCUUCCUCACUGGCUCCCUGUUGUUCUAGAAUGCUGUGUCUAGAGGAGGGCACAUAGAGGGCAUGGAGAGCAGGAAAAGCCAAUGAAAGCUCUGUAUCCCGCUGUGAAGACUUACUUCCAAAUCAGGCUGCCUGUGCUCUGGGUUCCCCUAUGCCUUCUGUCCUGUGGUACCAGCAGUCCCCACCACCAUGCCCCCAACUCCCAGAGCAGUGCUGUCCCUACCUUUAACAGCCGGUGUAGCCCAGGCCUUGGCCAGCGUGGCAGAUAUAGGUCAUGGAGGACCCGUAAGGAUUCGUCAGUGUGUUUUAAGUUCUGUCCCCAGAUUAUUAAAGAGGCAUGGCCCUCCCUCUCUUCCCGUGGAUGCCUGUCCUCUGUCCUUGAUUCACAGACAGUAGGUAGCAGGGCUUUCCUUGUGUUAAGACUGGGAUGCAGUGUGACCUGGAAAGACCUGGCCCUGUGAGAUGUUUGGAGAGUCAGUCUAGGGAGUCUAUCCCUGCAUCCCAGCACACAAACCCCUGCUACAGUGUACACAGGCCGGCAGAACAGCUUUGUUCAGCCUGUACUUUAAAAAUCAACAUAGCCAGGCAUGAUGGCUCAUGCCUUUAGUCCUUGCAAGGCAGAAGCAAGCAGACCUACAUGAGUUCCAGGACAACCAGGGCUACACAGAGAAACCCUGUCUCAAAAAAACCAAAAACAACAAAAUCAACAUAGUAGCCAGGCGUGGUGGUGCACACCUCUAAUCUCAGCACUAGGGAGGCAGAGGCAGGAGGAUCUCUGUGAGUUCUAGACCAGCCUGGUCUACAGAGCUUUGUCCAGGAUAGCCAGAGCUACAUAGAAAGAUCCGGUCAAACAACACAGUAGAUAUCAUAUUAUCUGUGGAGGAUUCCUGUGGAUGCCCUGGCCACACGGGGCCGACAGUCCCAAGAGUAGCUCUGCCUGGGGUCCCCAGCAUUCACCUUCCUUGAAUGAGGUUUCGGCCAAGUCAGCAUUGGUACCCCUAGUCCCUUCUGGUCCCGAAAGCAUUGGAGUCUGUGCCCCUGUUCUGACUCUUGGGGGUACUGGUGGAUGAAGUGAAGGAACCAGCUAGCUUGUCCUCAGGCCACGCUGCUCACCUGACUCUGGUCACCACAGCCUUUGCCCAAGUCAGUGGUGAAAACUCACCUUUGUGUCAAUUUCAGGCUGACUUCAAGGGGACUAUGGCUUGCAAACCUCCCUGUAACCGCAAACAUGCUCACUGCUAUUAGGCCU